CCAUAUGGCUCAUCACAUUUCAUCAGUUCGCCUGUUACUCGUCCGGGGAUCGUCUGUGAAACAGGCAACAUGGAGCACAUGUCCUCUCCGGUCCGGUUCCGCCACAGUAGCAAAGUUGUCGAGUCUGUCCAUUGACGACCAGGAGGUCACUCAGUUCCCCUUCGCCAUGAGAGACCUGCCUCGCGUCUCUCCGCCCGGCGACCAGCACCAGGAGCCGGGUCGCCAGGUGCCAGUUGACCGUGAGGCACAGGGAACUGGGAUGGCAACCAACGGGAGACUACUCCCCAGCCUUCCCGGGACUCCCCCUCUGCACCGGCACGUCCCCUGCCACCCCGCUGAAUCUCCGACACCCCCUCAGAGACCAAACCGUGCAGGAGUGGACGCAGGGUUUCAGCCCCUGUCGCUGAGGAAGCGGCUCGUCUCGCAGGCGUCUCUGGACUCGCCGCUCAGCCCGGCCUCCCGUCCGCAAAGUCCGUGGGGUCGCUUUGACCCCUAUGACUCUCCAGAGGUGUGUUUCUGUGAGCUUGUGUUACCUGAUCAGGACAAGGAGUACGUGGGUUUUGCCACAUUGCCCAACCAGGUCCACAGAAAGACGGUGAAGAAAGGUUUCACGUUCACGCUCAUGGUGGCAGGAGAGUCUGGCCUCGGUAAAUCCACGCUGAUCAACAGUCUGUUCCUCACCGACCUCUACAAAGACAGGAAGGUCCCCAAUGCGGAAGAGCGGAUCAGUCAAACGGUCGACAUCGUCAAACACGGCGUGAGCAUCGAGGAGAAGGGAAUCAAACUGAGGCUCACCAUCAUCGACACGCCGGGGCUCGGAGACGCCGUCGACAACGCGGGAAGCUGGAGGCAGAUAGAAGACUACAUCGACCAGCAGUUCGAACAGUACUUCCGGGACGAGAGCGGCUUGAACAGAAGAAACAUCCAGGACAACAGGGUUCACUGCUGCCUCUACUUCAUCUCUCCGUUUGGCCACGGCCUUCGACCUCUGGACGUGGAGUGUAUGAAGGCGGUGCAUGAAAAGGUCAACUUGGUUCCCGUGUUGGCCAAAGCCGACGGUCUGACACAGGCGGAGGUCUGCAGGAAGAAGAUGAAGAUCAGAGAGGAGAUCAAGCGCUUUGGGAUCAACAUCUACCAGUUUCCCGAGUGCGAUUCAGACGAGGACGAAGACUUCAAGACGCACGACCAGAUGCUCAAGGACAGCAUCCCGUUCGCAGUAAUCGGGAGUAAUGUUCAAGUGGAGAGUAACGGCCGCAAGUUCAGAGGUCGCGCCUAUCCCUGGGGCGUGGUCGAAGUGGAGAACCCGGCUCACUCCGACUUCCUGCUGCUGAGGAACAUGCUGGUGAGGACGCACAUGCAGGAUUUGAAGGACGUGACGCGGGAGACGCACUACGAAAACUUCCGAGCGCACUGCAUCCAGAACAUGACGCGCAUGGUGGUGCAGGAGAGGAAGCGCAGUUUGCGUGAGAGGUAUCGCGACGGGAACGAGGCCGAUCUUCCUCUGCCGCUCGCCGUCGUUGACACUGAGAAGGAGAGACUCAUCUUUGAGAAAGACGAAGAGCUGAGGAGGAUGCAGGAUGUGCUGGAGAGGAUUCAGGGGCAGAUGCAGCACAGCCACAGCGGCGGCUGCUGAUUUCCCCAUCAUUCCCUUCGGAGGGAGACAGAAGGAGACCCACAAGCUGCGUCCGGGACGUCCAGCUGACGUUUAAAAAAGUUGGAGCCGUGCUGCAUUCGGACCUUUUGUCUGACGACUGUUCCCCAGGACAAUACUGGCAACAUGAAUGAUGAGGGUUUUCCCGCCAGUGGACGUUCAUGAGAUUUGAUCAUAAUCCUGCGAUGAAAAUUAAACUCAACAGUCUUUAAAAGCAGCUUCCAGUUCUCAGCAAAGUGACUUCUGCAGUUAUUAUUUCCGUAUCUCUUAGUGUUCAAAUGACAGUUUCCCAUUUUAACAUCACAUUUAGUUAAAUAGCUCCAAUUGUCUUUUGAUUGUCAAAAUUUACUAAUUGAGUUUGUGUCUUUUUGCUUCGCAGUAUCUCAAGAUUUGAAAUGGUUCUUUUUUUACACGCACAAAGUUUCAUCUUGUUUUUUUAUUUCAUUCAUCACACAUAUUGUCAUAAUUACAGCGACAGAUCGUGUAGAUUUCUGGAUGCGGCAUGUUCUAAUUCACCAACUCUUUCAUUAUAUCUCUUGGAAAGCACGAUAUUUGUAAUCUGAAAAUGGGUUCCUGUAUCAAAUUCAACAUCUUGGUCAUGAUCCCUAAUUGAUUUGAUAAUGGUGUAACACUGUCAUCUAGUGGUCAUUGUCGUGAUUUUGAGUUUUUAAGAUGUAAAGUGCAUUUUUAAUGUUUUGUUACUUGUGAAUAUGUUUUGUAUUUCUAAUCUUUCAUUUUUCUGGGCUGUCAACAAGCUGUAGUUUGUGUCCGUCUACAUUUUCUACACAAGACCAUUAAACACAGAAGCACAACAUGUUGUAAAUGUAAUAAGAUUUAUUAAGAAUCUUUAUUAUUUCAUCAGCAUAAUUCUUCAUUAAUAAUAUGUUUUUAUCCAUUUAUCGUCAUUAUCUUAAACAGUGGACAGUUAGAUCUAAAAGGCAGCCCAAAGUGUACAGGCGAUAUAUAACUUAAAACUUUCUCCAUAGGGAAAACAUGAUUUUAUAUUCAUAUAUAAUAUCAAUGUAGCAUGAGGUCCAAGAUCCUGCCCACGUUAUACAGUAUUGUACAUGGUCCCGAAAAUAAACAUAAAAACAAAAUCUUUUUGAACAAAAGAACCUAAACGGCAAUCUACAUGCAAAACAAAAAACUGAGAAACAAGCAUUUAAAAAUUUUAAGAUACAUACACUCAUAUGCCAAAACGUGCACACAAUCACAAAUUUACAAAACUUUCAUACAUACAUACAAAUAUUACAAAAACUCAAAUUGAAUAUUAGACAUGUUAUCAAGAAAAGAGCAACAACUUUUUUUUGUUAUUUUCUUUUUUCACUCUGCGUCUCAGUCCGACUCACAAAAUGGAAAAAACUUAAAAACAAACGAAAAAAACUCAUUAGACAGUAAAUCUUUGUCUCUUCCAUUCGAUCAUUGUGUACGUGUUUUGCCAGAGUUGUCACAGUGUUCAGGAAAAACUGAGUAUUAGGCACACGCCAUAGCACCCAAACGGGCUCAUACCAUAAAUCACCUCUGUGUAAAAAAAAAACUUGCCUGCCACACACACAUACACGCAGGGCAAACUGUAUAACCCCCCCUCCCCCCUCCAAAAAAAACAGCCAUGCUACAGGUACAAUAGGAUUAACUAUAGUACAGAAUAUAAAACAUUGAAUACAGUCACAUGUACAGACAGAACAGAGACACAGCAGAAGAGGAAAAAGGAGCAGAUCUGCACAUACGCUGACUAACAUUCACAAAGACCGAUGGGAGAUUUGAUGGUGCGAUGUAUAGGCUGGUAAGACGGCUGUGACGCCAUGAGCACACACACACGCACACACACACACACGCGCACACACACACAUACACACACACACACACACACA